AUGGCCUCAAAGUUUUUACGUGAAUACAAACUGGUGGUUGUUGGAGGCGGAGGCGUGGGAAAGUCCUGCCUGACCAUACAAUUAAUACAAAGCCAUUUUGUCGAUGAGUACGAUCCCACUAUCGAAGACUCAUAUCGAAAGCAAUGUGUGAUUGACGACGAGGUCGCCCUGUUAGAUGUGUUGGAUACAGCGGGACAGGAAGAAUACGCUGCUAUGCGGGAGCAGUACAUGCGCACAGGAGAGGGAUUCCUCCUGGUAUAUUCCAUCGAUUCAAAACAAUCCUUCGACGAAAUUAGGACGUUUCAACAGCAGAUACUAAGGGUUAAAGAUAAAGAUUACUUUCCGAUAAUUAUUGUUGGCAAUAAGUGCGACCUGGAGCAGGAUCGGGUAGUGUCAAAAGAGGAGGGUAUGGCUCUAGCACGAUCAUUCGGCUGCAAGUUCAUGGAGACAUCGGCAAAACAACGAAUCAACGUAGAAGGAGCCUUCUACGAACUCGUACGAGAGAUCAGAAAAUAUAACCGAGAGAUGUCAGGGUAUGGUCCGCCACAGCCCGUUUCUGGCACACCGAAUCACAAGUUCGAUACGAGCGACCCGGACGACCAGGCUGGCUGCUGUGGAAAGUGUACAGUCAUGUAG